AUGGAACAGUCGAGCGCAUUCAUUGCAACACUUGGGGCCGGACGCUCACGAGGAAGCUAUGCGCUUUCGCGUCACGCUUGCGCUACAGCCGGGAACAAAAACCUGUGGCAACGAAAAAAGUCGCUUUCGAUACUGGGUUUGAAAGUCGGACGGGGACGUCUCUGUCUCAGGGCGCAAACGAGUACUGGCGCCGUCUCCAACGCAACUGAAGCAACAGCUGAACGGCCUUUCAAAGUUCUCAUUGCGAACCGUGGGGAAAUCGCUAUUCGAGCGAUUCGUACCUGUCAAGAGCUGGGCAUCCGAACGGUGCAGGUGCACUCCACAGCCGAUACUGACUCGCUUGCGGUGCGCAUGGCCGACGAGCGAAUCUGCAUUGGACCACCAGCGCCUCGGGAGUCGUACUUGAAUAUUCCGGCGAUCAUUUCCGCAUGUGAAGUUACGGGCGCGGACGCAGUCUAUCCCGGAUUCGGGUUUCUGAGCGAAAACGCACGCUUCGCAGACCUUCUCGAACAGCACGAGAUCACGUUCAUCGGACCGAGCGCUCGGGCGAUCGCGCUCAUGGGCGAUAAGAGCACCGCCAAAGCGACCAUGCGCCAGGCCGGGGUGCCUAUAGUGCCCGGGUCCGACGGUCUACUCCGUGACGUUUCCGAAGCCCGACGAGUCGCACGAGAGAUUGGCUACCCGGUGAUGCUCAAGGCGACCGCCGGUGGUGGCGGUCGCGGGAUCCGGCUUGUUCGCUCGGAGUCUGAGCUGGAGAAUGCCUACGUUACGUGUGAGCAGGAGGCGAAGGGUGCGUUUGGCAACGGUGCUCUGUAUAUGGAGAAGUUCAUUGAAUCACCUCGCCAUGUUGAAAUCCAGGUCAUUGGAGAUAGCCAUGGAAAUGUUAUUUACCUUGGAGAACGCGAUUGCUCUGUGCAACGGCGAAACCAGAAGUUGCUUGAGGAGGCACCGUCACCUGCUGUGACCCCGGAGAUUCGUCAGCAAAUGGGUGAGGCGGCCUGCAAAGCAGCCAAAGCCAUCGGCUACUGCGGCGCGGGCACCGUGGAAUACAUCAUGUCGAGCACCGGUGAGUUUUACUUUAUGGAAAUGAAUACUCGAAUUCAGGUUGAGCAUCCUGUCACGGAAAUGAUUACUGGUCUGGAUAUUGUGGCAUUGCAGAUUGCGGUGGCCCGCGGCGAGCCGCUCCCGCUCCGCCAGGAGCAGGUUGGCCUCAAUGGCUGGGCGAUGGAAGCGCGAAUCAACUGCGAGGAUGCGCUCCAGGCUUUUCGGCCAAUGCCUGGCGUCGUGACGAACUUUCUAGCUCCUGGUGGAAAUGGUGUCCGUUGGGACGGUUGCAUCUAUCCGGGGUAUAAUAUUCCGCCGUAUUAUGAUUCUAUGCUGGGCAAGCUUAUCUGCUGGGCACCGACACGCGAGGCGGUGAUUCGGAAGCUUCGGCGAGCGCUCGGUGAGAUGCAAAUUGAGGGCAUCCCCAGCACCGUACCCUUCCAUCUGGCGCUUCUGGACAAUCCUGCUUUUCAAGAAGGAAAAACAGUAUAUACGAAUUUCAUCGAACGGGAGGGUAUCCUGGACCAGCUCAAGGCUCGGGUACAAAGUGCAAGCCAGCCUUCAGGGCGAGAUGCAGUGGCCGCUGUACCUGCUGCUGCUUCCAAGUGA